UUCCGCCGCGAGAGGUUCAAGCUCUUAAUAAACUCUUCAUUAAACAGACGGAUCCGGACAUAUCGAGCCGAGCUCAAGUGACAAUUAGCUAGCGCGGAUUGACGCAAUCAGAAAAUGCAUUGGCUUACAUUAAUUUUGGUGGGGCUGUUCGCCUCGAUCCUAUCAAUAACGCAGUGUGUGGCAGUGGAGCCGCCGGAUGAUGGCAAAUUACGGGUUUGUGUGGUGGAAUCGCGUGGCAACUAUCGGAAAACCCCAAAGUUCUGUCCCCUGCUGGAGGCCAAGAGCAACAUCGAGUGCGUCAUUGGCGUGGACCGGCUGGACUGUGUGCGUCGCAUUCACAAGGGCACAGCUCACUUUGGAGUGCUAUCCUCUGAGGAUUUGGUGGCGGCCAGAUGGGCAAGCGUCGAGAUCCUGGUGGCCAGUGAGCUCCGCUCGCACGAGUCCAACUUCGAAUAUGAAAUUGUGGCUGUGGUUGACAAUCAUGCCGACAUCCAUACCGUGCAUGAUCUUAGAGGAGCUCGAUUGUGCCAUCCGGGCUAUGGACUGGGCAAUCACUGGACCGAGGUGCUAGCCAAUUACUUUGAAUCGGCCUUGGUCUCAAAAACUUGCAAUCCCGAGCUUACUGUGACAGAGGACAGGAUUGCUUCCACAGCCAAAUACUUUGGUCCCAGCUGUAAAGCAGGUCCUUGGGUUCCCGAUCCCAAGCAGGAUCGCAUUCUUAAAGCACGCUACCCCUCACUAUGCCAAAUGUGCUAUGAUCCCCUCAGCUGCGAUCAGAACGACAAGCACUGGGGGCGACGUGGUGCUCUCUAUUGUCUGACCAGUGGUGGAGGAAAUGUAGCUUGGGCUAGACUCGAUGACGUGCGCAGCCACUUUGGGUUCUCCGGCAUAUCGGCUCAGGCAGCUCCUUCGGAUUACAGCUUCCUUUGCCCUGAUGGCCACUUGCAGCCCAUCAACGUAACCCAACCCUGUAUCUGGGUGGCCAAGCCCUGGCCCGUGGUGGCUGCCCGUCGCACCCAUGCCGCUCAGAUUCAGCGACUGGUCACCGGACUGAGUCACGACGAGCCGGAUAGCUGGCAGAAUGCUCUUCUCAGCCUUUUGGAGACAUAUCAUGUGUUCACUGUGCCUUUGGACAAUGUGAUUGCCAUUGACGACUACUUGGACCAGGCUACCGCCUUCCAGUCAGCCUACAGCUUCCCCGAAUGCAAUCCCCCGCGCUCCAUCGUCUUCUGCACCACCUCCAUCAUCCAGCACAUUAAAUGCUCGUGGCUGCAGGAGGCCUCUCAGGUGUAUGGGGUUCAACCCAAUAUUCAGUGUGUGCGUACCAUGGAUGUGGAACAGUGCCUGGAUGAUACAAAGCUGAGGAGCACUGAUGUGGUCCUCGUGGAUCAGGAGAUGCGCGUUAGGGCACAGAGAGAUUAUAAUCUGGUGCCACUGCUCUACGAAUUUUCCACGGAUAUGCACGAUCGAUAUGUGACUAUUGCAGUGGUCCACAAGGAUGCCAAAUUCCAAAGCUUCAAGGAUCUCGAGGGAGCCAGAGCUUGCUUGCCCUCCUUCGAGGGAGCUGCCCAUCUAUCAGUCCAGGAGACCAUUGUGAAUGCGACAGGAAAAGUGCACUCGCUGCACUCCUAUUUCCAUCGCAACUCCUGUCUCUGGGAUCCCGAAAAGGGAAGGAAGUGUCCGCUGCACUACCAGGGCGAUGAAGGGGCACUACGCUGUCUGGCGGAAGGAGCACAAGUGGCCUUCAUCAGUUCGGAUAUGUACAAAAAAUACUUGAGUGGCAACAUCACCUCUGAUUGGGUGGCUCGUGGAAAACACAAGGACUUCCGGCUCCUGUGUCCCUACGGAGGCAUCGAAAGACGCUCGAAUUUUGAGUUCUGCUACCUCCACUGGACCACCCGAGGCCACCUCAUGACCCACAACAGCUCCCUGACUCGGCAUAACGAGAUCUACAAUUCCCUUCGGGACAUGGAUCAACUAUUUGGUCGGAAAUACAAAAGCGACACUCGUCCAUUCACCCUGUUUGGCAUCUUCGACAAAAGAAACGAUGUUCUUUUCCGGGACACCACGGAUGGACUACUGGGACUCCAGGAGCUGCACCGGGAUAACGCCAAGCGGGUAAUGGAGCACAUCUAUGAUCGCUAUACCAACACUCAGUACUACAAGAACUUUGAGGAAAGUGGAGCCGAAUAUUCCAGUUUCAGCUGCUCACUGCUUUUGCUGUUCUGCCUAUUAUUCACAAUAGGGCGACAGUUCGCCUAGUCCAAUCUCAAAUAUAAUCUUAAAUAUUGUGAUAUUAAGCUAAAUAUAAGUUAAGAAUAAAAAUAGUUUUGAAAAGAGCUGUAUCACCUUA